ACGUCAUCAAGAGAAUAUUAUCGUUGUUGAUUGCGUAAUCUCGUCGAUUUUUGCCUUGCCAGGGACACACACAAAUGCAGAUAAAAUGUCUUUUCAGCGACCUCUUUCUAAAAUCGUCCGGGUCAAUGCAGUUUUAGCACCUUAUAUCAGACCCUCAUCUCGAGCUCACCAUGUCCUAUCGACCAAUCAGGUAGCUGCUUCGUCAAGAACAGGGCCAUGUAGAAAGCAGCUUUUGAGAGAUACAGCAAACAAGUAUGCUAUACACCCCCAGGUUCAACAUGCCCGUACAAUGUUCAUACAGACCCAAGACACACCCAACCCAAAUAGUCUCAAGUUCUUACCAGGCGUUGAGGUGUUGGGAACGGGCACCAAGGACUUCCCCAGCGCUAUGAACGCCCAUGGGUCUCCUCUAGCCAGGCAAUUAUUCAGGAUAGAAGGCAUACAAAGUGUCUUCUUUGGACCCGAUUUCAUCACUGUCACGAAGAUGGAUGACGAUAAUGUCGACUGGAGGGUAUUAAAGCCAGAGAUCUACGCCACCGUCAUGGACUUCUUCGCCUCUGGAGUUCCUAUCCUUACAGAUGAAACAGCACCAGCAGACACAGAGAUUCAAGAGGAUGACGAUGAGACGGUGAUGAUGAUCAAAGAACUCCUUGACACGAGGAUAAGACCGACUGUACAAGAAGAUGGAGGGGACAUAGUCUAUAUGGGUUUUGAGGAUGGUGUUGUCAAGCUAAAGCUUCAAGGAGCCUGUACUAGCUGCCCUAGCUCUAUCGUAACCCUCAAACAUGGCGUCCAGAACAUGUUGCAGUUCUAUGUACCGGAAGUCCUCUCGGUGGAAGCGGUGGAAGAUGAGCAAGACGACGUCUCCAACGAACAACUCAAGAAGUUAGAGGAGAAGAUUGGAGAUGUUCCGACCUGAAAGUCUGAAAGAAACAAAAUCUUUCAUCACAGGCAAUCUCAUCCCUCAAGGAUGCCAGUCUGUUGUGCUUCAUCAGUACAUCUAUACAUGUGUGUGCUGUUAGAUAUAUGAACUGCACAAAAAUAUUAUCAAUUGGUGUUUCAAGUAUUUCACUUUUUUUAAUAUACAUCUAUUGACCCACAGGGCAGUGUUCUUAUAGCCAUGGUUUAGUUAAACCUGGGUUAACUUAGACCACACUAUUGUGGAGUGCCAGUUGUCUACUCAAUCACCAAGUAAACAUUAUUAUAGUCCAACAGCAAAAGUUGUCAAAUAGAUUUUAAUAGCUGUGUCAUGAAAUGAGAAAAAUUGGAAAAUGGGAAAAAUAAAAUGAAUUUUGAAUUAUUGGUACGUUCUCUUUGCAAUGAGUACGGAAGAAGUAUUAUGAGACCCAGCAUUUCAUAGAAGUUUGGUCUAAAAUUCUAGUUUUGACUAGGGUUAAAUCUUGGCUUGAUUAUUAGAAAACCACUCAAAGAGGUUGAAGGGGUUUUCCCUCUUCAACUUGGCAACAGUUAUUUAUAUUGUAAAUUCUUACAAACUGUGGAGGAAAGGAAAUAAACAUGAAUCAUUACAGGAAUUGAAAUUAUGACAGUUUAUCUUAAAGGACAAUUCCACCCCAACAAAAACUUGAAUAAAAAAAGAGAAAAAUUUAACAAGCGUAACACUGAAAAU